AUGAGAAGUCUAACUACUUCUGAAAGUUAUACUGAUGAUAAAUUAAGUGAAAGACACCAAGCUGAGACUACCUUUCGCAAUAAAUAUAAUGAGAUUAAAUCUCUUCAUAAAGUCUCAACAUUAUCUGAUAAAUCUUUUAGCCCUCGUGAAGAUCAAGACAAACAAGAAGAGCAACGUCAAAUUUAUCAAAAAUCAUUUUUUAGGACAGUUUUUAUACAAGAUACUUCUGAAGAGUUAAAUGAUGAGCUUGAUAAUUACCUUUCUUUACUCGAAAUCUAUUAUAAAUCCAACCCUUUAACUG